AGAAUUGUUUGAAGAGGUAAAUCAAAGAGGUUACUAUAAAUCCAAUACAUGGACAGAUCCACCGCCGAAAUUGACUAAGGAGGGAUAGAGCACAAGAGAAUAACAUACCACACCGAGAAUCUAUUCGAUUCCCACAACCGCAGUGGCUCAAGAUACCUAAUCUCUUGUUUGCUCCAAUCGAUUGACUCUCAAUGGUGAGUGUUCCCCUGCCCUUACACAGGUAUAAAUAGCCCGAAGGAGGAAUCAAAUCGAGGAUUAGCUUGGAGAUAUUCUCAGGAUUUGAGAUUAUCCCCCCCCCCCCCCCAGCGGUGGUCGUUGUCAAUAAUUAUCUCCAAGAUCCCUUCUGAGGGAGACUUCUAGUUGCUGACCAACCCUAACUUUCAUCCACAAAGGGAUAGACUGCAACUCUCGUGCAGGAACUACUCGGCGAAUCAAUCGCUCCAUAAGGCCUUCCUCAACCUUGGAGUAGGAGGAUGAGUCCUGAUAAAAAACUUUCGGCCGUCGAUUGGACAUCGUCUUCAAUACGGGUCUCGCAGAAGAAACCCUACGAGGAAUCGCCUCUGCGAUUCUUUUGCCAAAGAAAGAGAGGAGAGAUGAGAGAGCGUUGGAGAGCAUUUUUUUUAUCGUGAUCCUAUAUGUGAAUGUGCAUGGUCACAUGAGUACAUGAUCAGGACUAAAUUGAUUCACAUAAACUAUAAUAACAUUUUUAAUGGGCCGCGAAUUACAGGUUUACGGUGACUUAAAGUGCUUCUCUCUCUGGGCGGACCUCUCCAAGACACUGUCAAUUUAGCAAACCUGCGAGCAAAAGACAAGAAGAAAACUAUGUUUGGCCCGAUUUUUAAAAAUGCUUUUUGUUUUCAAAAGUUGAAACAGAGUCAAAUAUCUUUAAAAUCUCGAUUUUUGAAAAGCUGAAAAUUGAUUUUCUAUAACAUAAAAGCAAAAGCUCCGAUGAGAGCUUCAACGAAAAGCUGUUUUGAAAAUAGAAGAUUAUCUUUACCAUAUUUUGAUUUUAUUUUAAAAAAUAUAAUUUUACUUCAUUAAUAUCAUUUAUAAAAAUAAAAGAAAUUAUUUAAUAUAAAAGAAAUCUAACAAAAUGCAUUUUGACUUUUUUUUAUAAUUUUAUUUAUAUUUUAUAUUAUAAAUUCUGUAUAGUCAUUUUACACAACCUUUUAUAUUAAAAAACACUUCUAAUAGUUUUUCAGCCAAACACUCAACUGCAUUUUUUGAAAACUACAUUUCUAACAGCUCUAGCCAGAAACUGUUUCUCCAAAAACUACAGCAGGGCCAAACUAGCCCGAAAACAUUUAACAGACGAGUGUUUCAACGUGGGAUUGCCAAUAUGACACUAGUCUAUGAAAUUGAUUUUUUUGUUAGGAUUUAUGCUUUAUCUAAGCUUAUAUUUUUAUGUACAAUGCUCAACAUUAUAUAUAGGUUUUCUAACACAAACCCUAACUACAUAACUUGGCCAUUUACAAUUAGAUAAACACAAUUAUACUAGCUCCCUAAUAUAAUGUACAUGCACCUGAAUAUGUUUUGUCCAAUCAUGUGAUACUUGUUUUAUGGAAAUUUUGAACGCUCGUAUUGUCUACAUAAACCACCAUGGGCACUUGACAUACCACCCCUAGCCCUUAAAACAAAAUACACCAACCUUAAUUCAGCCUUCUGAUUUCAAGACAUCAUGCAUAGUCUACAUCAAUGCAAUUAAUAUUUCAAUUGGGUUAAUCGCAACCACAACCGAACAUGAAAUAACCGAUUAACUAACCACAAUUAAUAUUUCAGUUGGGCCUUCACAACUUACAGUAGCCUCUGUAAUAAACAACUAGGUGGCGAUGACACACCUUGUUGCGGAGUGGAGAUGGUCUAUGUGCAUGUAUUAUGUUGCCCGUUACGGUGUUUUGUUAGUAUUAUUAGUCUAAAAUUAAUUUUUUGUUAGCAGUUUUGUUAGUAAUAUUGAAUUGACCAUAUGAUAUUGACUGAGAAGAGAUAUAUGGCGGUCAACAUCCAAUGUUUUUGAAAAUUUUGUCUAGUAAAUGAUAUUUACCUAAACCCGAGUAGACCCACUAAUUAUAGGUAGGGUAUGGGUGACGUAUAUAUGAGUUUGGAAAUUUGUAGUUGGGUUUGAGUAGAGUUUGAAUAUUUACUUCCAUAAUCUAAAUGUGUAUGAGUUGGGUAUGAAUACCCAUUUAUUCGAGAGUGUUUUAAUUACACAUACAAAAAUUAAACUUCUUUGUAGAGCUUUAAAAGUUUAGCUACCAAAAUGUUAUACACAAAAAAUCAACAUUUUGAGGACUUAUAUAUUUAUACUUGUGAUUAGAAUACAUAAAAUUAGUAUACUAAUUAGGGUUAGACGAAGAAGGCAAAGAAAGAAAUAAAGAAAGGGUUAUGGAAGGCGAGUGAAAAAUGAAACGAAGAGGAAGUAGAUGAUGGAAAGGUUUUGACCAAUUCUUUUAGUUGAACAUCAAUACAACAAUCAACCCUUUUCACCGUAGCAAUUUAUUGACAUUUUCUUAUGUAGAUGACACAUAUUUUGGUACAUGUAGAUAGUAGAAGUUUGUUUAGUACCCAGUAAAUGUACCAAAUGAGUUUAUAAAUUCGCUCUUCUAAUAUUUUAGCGUCGUCUCUCUUUUAUAAUUUAUUUAAUGAUUCACGUAAUGAGCAAAUAUAGAAUGUUCGUAUCUUCUCCUAUAGUUGAGUGAUACAAGAUCUUGUAUUGUAUAAAAUAAAUUUAUACUUUUAUAUUAUGGUUGAUUGGAUUCAUGGAUUGGUUCAAAAGGAUUGGUGGAUUGAAUUCAUGGAUUCAAGUGAAAUCUAAACAUUGGAUUGAUAUGUAAAUUUAUAAAAUUGUAGGUACGAAAUUAUCAUAAAAUUUCCAAAAUAUAAUUUUUCAAUGAUUUUAUAUUAAAUUAAAUUUGGGGUAUCAAAAUGUAAAAAUGCACAUUAUAGUAACUAAGUUGUGAUUUAAUUAAAUUUGCGGUAUCAAAAUGUAAAUAAUUAGUGAACAGUAACCAAACUUCACAUUCAUAUAAAUUUGGGGUAUCAAAAUGCAAAUAAUUAGUGAACCGUAACCAAACUUCACAUUUAUAUAUAUGAAUUUCUAAGUAUAAUUAAUUAUGAUUGUGAUUGAAUGAUGUAGAGUCCAAAAUCAAUGAGUAUGUGAGCUCCGAAACUCACCAUCGCGCACACUAGUAGCAAUUUGGCAUGACUAGCUAGUAUAAUAUAAACUAGUCGUUGUGGUUAACUGCUAAUCAUAUUCGGUGCGGUUGACGGAUAUGGCUUCAUUGCAAUUUGCGAUUGAUCAGAUAAUUUUGGUUCAGUUAACCACAAUUGUAUCGUUUUCCAACCCUAUAUGUCACGGUAUUCGUGAACCAUUUUUUUAUGGUUAUGGAGUUACUACUCUUUUUGAUGCCUUAUACUGGUGUAUGACCCAUGACUUUUUGAUUGUUCAUUUCGUUGAUGAUUCACAACUGGUAAUUCGCCUAUCGAUCUAGUAUCGGAUUGAACCUAUAUGGAUACCAUUUUACAUUCAUAUUUGAACAUUAUUUAACAAUUGAAAAUGUUAGUAUCAAUUGAUUCUCCGUCAAACAUUUUUGGUAGAAAAAUCAUGUUUUUCCUCUCAAGUUACUGUCCUUUUUUGUAGUAGGAGGGGACCCUUCUUCAUUGACAAAUUUCUCAAACCUAAUCCCCAUAUCCCUUAAUCGAUCUAGCUCGUGACUGCAAAUGAGCCACAAAGCACAUAAUUUGAAAAAAAUGGUCCCAGUUUUUAUCUUCUUAUUUUUUUCGUUUUGUCACGUGACAGUACCUUCUACUCCAAAGUCCAAAACAAGGUGGUACAAUUGGUUUGUCAGUUUCGCUUGUAAUGUAACAAUAUACUCUUUACUUUUGGUAAAUUUUAUGAUGAUGUUUUAGAUGUGUGAUGUUACAUGGUGGUGUCUAAUAUAUAUAAUUAUUUGAUUUUUUCAUUUGCCAUGACUCCCAACUAGCUAGUAGCUACCCGACAUAUAUACUACUAUCUCGAAGCUUUUCAUUCGUGAGUAAAGGUCAUUGUAGAGAAUGUCUAUUUUUUUUUUCUUUCUCUUUUAACUUAUUAUCGUUUUUUCCCUUCUCAAAUGCUUCGAUGGAGAUGUUUAUUUCGUUAAGAAAAUAAACUAUUUCAAUAAUAGAAUAAGGGGUUGUUUGGAACUUUUAAUUUUGAAAAUAAUAUAUUAUGAUAAUGUUUGUAUUAAAGAUUAUGUGUAUACUAAGAAUGUAUAUGGUUCUGAAAAUUCAUUGUUUGGAAUCAAUAAAAGAAUACAUGGAUUAUAGUUUAAAUGGCCUAUGGAUACUAAAUCUAAAAAAAAAAAGUAAGAUUAUGAAUACAUCUUUUUCUAUGUAUUAGGAAUACAACAUGGAUUAUAAAUACAUGCAUUCUGUUAUUACACCAAGUCAAAAAAACGUUGUAUUCUCAUUAUACAUGUAUAUGGAGAAUACAACAUUUGGAAUCGGAGGCCGGUAAUUACAUAUACGAACUACCGCGGUGGUUAGUUGACACUCUUUACGUGAUUUUGUUGGCUCUAUAGGAAGCGUAUCGCAAUUACGGUCCAGACUCUAGAUCCUCGGCUUUUCAGCACGUUUUUAUAUGAUUCACAGCCGGGCUAGAUUUGCAUUCCGACUAACCACACACACCCUGUAAUAUACGGGCUAGACAGACACGACCACAUAAAUAUAUAUCUUUUCCAAAGAGCCGGCCACGUGUACCAAAUGGGCAAAGGAGAGGUACAUACUAUAGAUUAUGGAUAUUAAGGAUGUGUUUGUUCAUCUUAGUCUUUCGCAAAAAGAAAUAUUUCUCGUAAUAAUUUGAGUUGUUGACAGAGUUCUAAUAAUGAAUUUUAUAUAAUUUACUAAUCUGUUUUCUCAAACAAUGGCCAACUCAUAUGGAAUUGAAGUGUGCACAUAUCAGAAUACAUGUGCUUAACAAAUUAAAUGCGGGUCUUCGAGAUCCGAACAUAAGAACUUUCGGGUAUAGAAGGCUCUGAUACCAUGUUAAUAACCAGUUAAUCUCAAAAAGUUGAAUUGUUGGGAGAUGUUCACUAUGAAUCACAUAUCAUUUACUAACACACCUUCUCAAACGAAAACUAUUGUAUUCAUAAUUAACAUUCUCUCAAUAAUUUGAGUUAUUGGGAUCAACUGGUUCUAAACAUGAUAUUAGAGCUAGUUUGACAAAGUGACACGUAUGUCGAAAUCUCCACGGCCUCUAAUAUUAACAAUUAAUUUAAGCAUAAUCUAUUGUAAACUUGUACAAACUUCAUUUCUAUGAGUUGGAAAGCAUUUUAACUCUCAAGCAUAUUGCUCCGCUUUCAGCUUCCUUCGUAGUCCGCACAACUGGUUCCCAAGUCGAGGCGCAUAAAAGCAAACCCAAAAGGCCAAAACAUCUAUUCCAUUCUCGAACAACUCCCUCGAGUAAAUUACUAUGUUAAACUAAUACAAAAUUAACAAAUGUAAAAUAUAACGAACGCGAAAAGUAAAAGAGACAAGGAUUUAACGUCACUUCCCCGAUAACGGGACUACUCCACGGAGAGAGCUUGACCUCUCAAUAAGGUUUCACUAGGUUAUGGCAGAAUAGAGAAUAUGUCCAAGGUUAUAGCAGCUAGCCGAAAACUGCUUAGCUAAAUACCCUUCUAUUGGUAACUUAGGGUAAAUAGCCAAAUUACAAUAUAGUACCUGAAAUAUCACUCGGUUACUAUAUACACGCCAACACUCACCCUCAAGCUGGAGCAUGAAGGUCACAAAUGCUCAGCUUGGACAAAAGCAAACAAAACUGGUCUGCGCCAAGAGCUUUGGUGAGAAUGUCGGCCAACUGAGAGGUAGUGCUGAUCUUCAGAGGGUGGAUCUCACUAGAGGCAACACGCUCGUGAACAAAGUGACAACCCAUCUCCAUGUGCUUGGUACACUCAUGGAAGACGGGGUUGGCUGCAAUAUGAAGGGCAGCCUGGUUGUCGCAAAACAGAGGCGUCGAAGCAGCUUGUGGGACACCAAGUCUUUUGAGAAGGAAACGGAGCCAGACCACCUCACUAAUGGUUCUCGCCAUGGCCCGAUAUUUGGCCUCGGCGGAGGAACGGGCAACCACACGCUACUUUUUCGUGCGCCAAGAGACGGGAGCAUACUCGAGUUGGAUGUAGUAUCCCGUGGUAGACCGACAAGUGGACUGACAGCCACCCCCCCUCCCCCCCCCCCAAUCUGCAUCACAGUAACUUGUAAGCUGCAAAGAAUUAUCAGACGGGAAGAAAAGUCCCUAACCUGGCGCAGUCUUAAGGUAACGAAGGACACGAGAUGAGCUGUAGUCAUGUGCUCCGGACAAGGGGCAUGAACAGCCUGGCUAAGAACAUUAACUACAUAGGUGCUAUCAGGUCGGGUAACGGUGAGGUAAAGAAGUCGUCCAACAAGCCGACAAUAAGCAAAAACAUCAACAAACUCAUCCGCGGUACUAGGACGAGUAAGGGAAUGGUUCUGCUCCAUGGGGAAUCGACUGGGAUGAGCACCCGUAGCACCGACAUCACGAAGAAUAUCAAAAUUAUAUUUGCGCUGUCUAAGCACAACACCCUCCGAAGAACAAGGUACCUGGUGCAUUAUAACUCCCGUGGGCCUUGGUGCCGAGUUGGGCUUAGUAAUUAGGGAAUUAUUAUUAGUUAAUUAUCAUAUUAUUGUGGCUAUUUGUAUUAGUUUAUUGUGUCUUGUUGAGUAAGUUACUGUUUACUUGUUGGGUUGCGAUUAGUUUACCUUAUUUGAGAGGGAAAGGGUUUGUAGAGUAGUUCUAUAAAUAUGUACGUUGUUCUUUGGUUUUAGUACGUCAAUGAAUAAUAAACCAGUUUAGUAGUAUUCGUAGUAAUUUAGGAGUAGAAGUAAAGUAGAUUAUUGUCUCUCGAUGCAUUAGAAGCUAUAAUGCGCCAAUUGGUAUCAGAGCCUGGUUACGAGGCGAUGAGCACCGAAUGGCUCUCCAGGGAUGACCUCAAUCAGCUAAUCCGACUGACCGAAAGCGCCCUGUCUUGUUGCGGAAGGAUUGUGACGGCCUGUGAGAGAACAACCGCAUCCGCUGCCCUCACCACCAUGUCACCGCCAGCACCCAGCUUCAGCGUACCGCUGCCGCCAUUAGCCGUUCCUCACGCCACCACCAAAGCUGAUCGGUUCCGCUCGAUCGGUCCAACCAUCACCCCAAAAGCAGCGCCGACCUUGCUGUCCACUCCAAGACCACCAGGAUGGUCAUCGCACCACCAUCGCAGCUUGUCAAAACCCUAGAACCAGACGACAAGGUUUCGAAGCCACCAGAGAGUCUCACGAUUCCGAAAAGAUUACGAAUCAAGCGAGACCCUAAGGCGGCGAACUGGAAGCUUAGGAAGAGGAGAGAACAAGCUGAUGUUGGAGUUUCGCAUGCGGUUGUCGCCGUUGAAGUCCGAGUGGAGUUGGUUUGUACAACCGAGGAAUGUAGGGAGUUUGGGGACGCAAUUGAUAGCGUAGCCGGACAACCAACUACCACAAUCACCGUGAACAGCGCCAUGGAGCCAUCUCUUUCUACCGCCAAAAUUGAAAGAAAUUUUGGGUACUUAGCUGAGCGUGAAGUUUUGGCGGACCCAACUGAAAUCCAUAGGCGUCAUACCCUCCAUCUUGCCCUGGACGCCGACGUAGUCGACUCGAAGUCUCCUCGAACUUCCAAGCCAAUAAGAUCGCUAGCUACGGAAAGCUAUGAGCAGCGGAAACAUGUAUGCAGGAUGAGAGGUGUUUCUGCGUUUCAGUUCGAUCCGGGCGGGAGCGAACUCGAUUUCGUCGCUUCAUCCAUGACCACACCACCAUCAUCGAUCGUCUCGGUCAGCACACCUAGAGUGUACAAGAAACAAGAGGAAAACUAUUUACAAUGGGGUGAGAGUCCUCCCGUGCAAGUUUUGAUCACGAGGGGUUUGAAGAAGGAAGAAAGUGAAAUUAAGGAUGAAAUCUUCCUUUUGAAGAAUGGCAUGCAGAACAUGAACAAAUUUGCUAAUGGAUAUUGGUGGGGCUCUCGUGUGCAUGGACAUGAAGUAGGUGAAAUGGUCGUUGAGGCAAUUGGGCGCACAAUUGAUGGGAUGAUUGGAUCGGAUAUGGUUUCAGGGAAGUCAAGAAUCAUAGGAGCUGCUGAUGUGGACUAUGUCCGAGUUCUGGAGCGUAAUUGGAAGUAUCGCAAGCGUGGGUGUCGUCGUCCAAGCCUCGUCAUCGUCCAUCACAAGCUACGUGGAAGCUUCUUCUUCAUUGAUCCAGGUUGAAGAUGGCGCCUGAACUUCGGG